AUGCCUCGGUUUCUUGUCGGCGACGAGCUGGGCAGCAUUAAAGCUGUCACGUACGAUGCAAAAGUGCCCUCAGACUCCAAAACUCAGCUAAAGACCCUCUACGAUGGUACGGGAAGUGGACGAUCGCGGGGCAUUCAGAGAUUAGCAGUUAUAACCGGCACGGAGGAUGACACACUGAUGUUAGCCUCAGCCCAUGCAGAUGGGUCACUUUGCAUCUCGUCGCUGACCGGCGAGGACCAACUGCAAAACUUGCAUCAGUGGAAGGAAACCAGAUUAAAAUCCGAGCAGAAGUUUAUAGGCCUUGCAAUAUCACAAAACACCGUCUUUUCCUGUACGUCGAACGGUGCUUUAAGGCUCUCAACUUUGGGCGAAGAAACCAGACUGCCGACGCACAAACUUGCUGCUCUCCCAUCUAAGCUCACUGAGUGGAGAAUAGGAUGUAACAAAGAAACAUUCGCAUACGGCGGGGACGACGUAGAGUUGUCAGUAUGGAAUACCGAGCGCGCAUUUCAACCCUCAUCUCCUUCAGAGGAUGCAUCAUCGAUAUCUCCUGUAAACACUAAAAAGCGCAAACGAGCUGGCGACACCCUCUUCCCUGGCGAGAUUUGGCGUGCGAAAAACGUCCCGAAUGAUUUCCUCGACCUCCGUCAACCAGUGCACAAUACUUGCUUGACCUACAUUUCUCCUUCUAGCUCUACUGGUCAACAGCAUCUACUGGCGGGCACCAGAUUCGGCGACGUCCGUCGAUAUGACACACGUGCAGGACGUCGACCUGUGAGCGAUUUUAAGAGCGUUGGCAAGAUUGGUGGUGUGCGUGCCAUCGAAAAGGGCUUGUCGGAGCACGAGGCCUUCGUGUCUGACCAAGGAUCGAGCCUGUUUGCCCUCGACUUGCGCAGCGGCGGCAUCCUUUACAGUUAUAAGGGCAUAUCGGGUGCAGUGACAUCCGUUUCACCCUCCCCAUUAUUCCUUGCAUCUGUAGCCCUGGAUCGCUAUACCCGAAUCCACAGCACCUCCCUUGUACCGACGAAGGCGGGAAAUGGAGCGGACAAGAGGGGUACUACACUAGAAAAAGUGUACAUGACGACGGUUCCGACGGUAGUUGUGUGGGACCAGCAAGAAGAGAUGGACGUGGACCAAGAAGAGGACGAGAAUAUCUGGGAGACGAUGAAGCACGUGGAGGAGUGA